AUGGCCACAAGGCAGGCCGUUUCUCCCCCCCGGUUCUUCCCCCCGUUUCUUCCCCCCGUUUCUUCCCCCCCCGUUUUUCCCCCGUUUCUUCCCCCCGUUUCUCCCCCCGUUUCUUUCCCCCGUUCUUCCCCCCGUUUCUUCCCCCCGUUUUUCCCCCCGUUUCUUUCCCCCCGUUUCUUCCCCCCGUUUCUUCCCCCCGUUUUUCCCCCGUUUCUUCCCCCGUUUUUUUCUUCCCCCGUUUCUUCCCCCCGUUUCUUCCCCCCGUUUCUUCCCCCGUUUUCUUCCCCCCGUUUCUCCCCCCCGUUUCUUCCCCCGUUUCUUCCCCCCGUUCUUCCCCCGUUUUUUUCCCCCCGUCUUUCCCCCCGUUUCUUCCCCCCGUUUCUUCCCCCCGUUCUUCCCCCCGUUUCUUCCCCCCGUUUCUUCCCCCCGUUUCUUCCCCCCGUUUUUCCCCCCGUGCUCCCCCGUUUCUUCCCCCCGUUUCUUCCCCCCGUUUCUUCCCCCCGUUUUUCCCCCCGUUUCUUCCCCCGUUUCUUCCCCCCGUUUCUUCCCCCGUUUCUUCCCCCGUUUCUUCCCCCCGUUUCUUCCCCCCGUUUCUUCCCCCGUUUCUUCCCCCCGUUUCUUCCCCCCGUUUCUUCCCCCCGUUUCUUCCCCCCGUUUCUUCCCCCGUUUCUUCCCCCCGUUUCUUCCCCGUUUCUUCCCCCCGUUUCUUCCCCCCGUUUCUUCCCCCCGUUUCUUCCCCCCGUUUCUUCCCCCGUUUCUUCCCCCCGUUUCUUCCCCCCGUUUCUUCCCCCCGUUUCUUCCCCCCGUUUCUUCCCCCCGUUUCUUCCCCCCGUUUCUUCCCCCCGUUUCUUCCCCCGUUUCUUCCCCCGUUUCUUCCCCCGUUUCUUCCCCCUGUUUCUUCCCCCCGUUGCUUCCACCACCUCCACGCUCCCCUCUCAGCUCACCUCCAGAGGGAUGAGCGGCCACUGGCACUGA